AGACAAUCGACGUAUAUCUUUUAGUCUGGUUAAUUGUAUUAUUUAUUCUUUUUAACUGAUACUUUGUUUUCAACACAACUGAAGUAGUAUAACAUGUAACUGAGACUGAUGUAUAUAGGGGAUGCAGAAUGAGAAUUCCAAUUAAAUCGAUUUUUCUCUGCAUUGCUUCCAAAUUCGUAUUUAUAGAAUAGCUAGACUUCAAAAAACUGUAUUUCCAAAGCAAACGAUGGUGUAUUAUGUAGCAGCCAACUUUAUCAAGAAUUCACAUCCAGUAAAGAUGUCAAAUGCUUUAAGUCACGUCUCGUCUAUCCCUAUAGAUCGAUCAAAACUGCUCUCGUUGAUAUAUUCUCUGCUCAAGGUUUUGAAGAAAGGAUUCAUCACUGGAAAAUCGUAAUACCAAGGCUGAACAUUACUUUGGCGUUUUUAAUGAUGUCAUGUUCAAUGAACUACGGUAUAAAUUGGGGCACCCGUUUCUGUGAACUUCCUUGUCUAAUUUGUUCUUGUGGCGCGAUAUAUCUUUCAACCAACAAUCUUCCCAGGGAGGAAGGUCUGAAGCAAGAAAAUGUCAUUCUUGUUGGCUUGAUGCCUGAUGGUUCCGAAUCUAAUACAACUGACAUCAUGUCUUAUCUUGAUCCUCUGAUUGAUAAGCUGAUUGAGCUGUAUAGUGAGAUACCCGUCGCUAUCGACGCAUAUCCUAAUGGCAAUACUUCAAAUACCAUAUUGCUUUUUGAAGCUUAUGAUAUCUUUGCUUGCCGUAAAGCAAGUGAUUUCCUUGGACAUGGUUGUGCUUUUGCUUGCAAUACGUGCAAAACCAAGUUAAAUAUGGAUGAUGGCUGUCUCAAUUUCUCUGAUAAGUUCCAGUCAUUUGAAGGUUGUAAGCUGCGAACAAGGAAGUCAAACGUGGAAGUUAUGUUAAGGUGGAAUAACGUGAAUAGUUCUCUAGAGGGAAGAUUGCUUGAGCAGGAAGAUCGUUAUCGCUUUGCCGAGUUGCAUUGUCUUCCUUAUUUCGGUGUUUUUCGUCAUUCCGUAGUAGGUCCUAUACAUAGUCUUUUAAUAGGCAUUCGCAAGUGGAUGGCAUAUGUUUUUAAGACUGAAUAGCAACCUUGACGAAUCAUGAGCAAAGGAAGGUACAGAGCAUGACCUGAGAGACAUACAGUACACUCUGUAAUUGCAUUUACUCUAAAGAGAAACAGUAAAAUAACAGUGUGUGAGACUAGCCAAUAAAAAGCUGUUAAUAUUUUUAACUCUAUCCAUU